GGAUCCAAGGUUUCCUUUGGGCUGCAAAUUUGGCAAUUCUGCAGAUGAUCUACUUCGUUGGCCUUCUCUUCAUUUGAUGGAACUCGUAGAUGUGAUUUGAUUUUACGUGGAAAGGAGAACCAACUUACACCGUUAACCUUGGACUCUUGAUCAUCUGAAAACUUGGAAAUUUUGCUUGUUUUCCAUCCAUGGAGAGCUUGGCGCAGCUGGAAACCUUAUGUGAAACUCUGUACACUUCCCAGAAUUCAGCUGAACGAGCACAUGCAGAGAGCACCCUUAAAUGCUUUUCUCUGAAUCCAGACUACAUUCCACAGUGCCAGUACAUUUUGGACAAUGCAUCGACUCCUUACGCUUUGGUGUUGGCUAGUUCCAGCUUGUUGAAGCAAAUAACGGAACAUAAACUGUCUUUGCAGAUGCGGCUUGAUAUCCGAAAUUAUGUGAUAAAUUACCUUGCUACCAGAGGACCUGAAUUGGAGAACUUUGUAAUUGGAUCUUUAAUUCAACUUUUAUGUCGAGUGACGAAAUUUGGAUGGUUUGAUGAUGAUAAAUUCAGGGAAGUUGUAAAGGAAGCGACAAACUUCUUGAAUCAGGCAUCAUCAGGUCAUUAUUCUAUAGGCUUGAAGAUGCUCAAUCAGCUUGUAUCUGAGAUGAACCAGCCCAAUGUUGGAUUGCCUCUAAUACAACAACGCAAGGUUGCCUGCUCUUUCAGAGAUCAAUCACUUUUCCAGAUAUUCCAAGUAUCUAUAACUUCAUUGCAUCAACUAAAAAGUGAUGGAAAUUUCCAAGUCUCUGGUGUGCUGAAGGAACUUACUCUUUCACUUGCACUAAAGUGCUUAUCUUUUGACUUUAUUGGUACUUCAGUUGAUGAAAGCUCUGAAGAGUUUGGUACUUUGCAGAUUCCAUCUUCCUGGAAACCAGUAGUGCAAGAUCCUUCUACCCUUCAGAUUUUCUUCGAUUACUACAGAAUCAUGGGGCCUCCUCUCUCGAAAGAGGCUUUGGAGUGUUUAGUUAGACUUGCAUCUGUAAGGCGGUCCUUGUUCACGGAUGAUCCUGCCCGGUUCCAGUUUCUUGGUCAUUUAAUGAACGGGACAAAAGAGAUUAUACAGACCGGCGAAGGCCUUGCUGAUCAUGAUAAUUACCAUGAGUUUUGUCGUCUUCUCGGACGUUUUAAAGUAAACUAUCAGUUGUCAGAGCUUUUGAGUGUGGAAAGUUAUGGCGAAUGGAUACAUUUGGUGGCUGAAUUCACAACAAAAUCAUUGCAGUCAUGGCAGUGGGCUAGCAGUAGUGUGUACUACCUUUUAGGACUUUGGUCGAGGCUGGUAACAUCUGUGCCAUACUUGAAGGAUGAGACACCGAGUUUGCUGGAUGAAACUGUACCUAAAAUCACGGAGGGUUUUAUCACCUCCAGAUUCAAUUCUAAUCAGGCUGAUUUUCCUGAUGACCUCUCAGAGGAUCCUUUGGAUAAUGUCGAACUUCUUCAGGAUCACCUUGAGUUUUUUCCAUACCUGUGUAGAUACCAGUACGAAACCAGUAGUCUGUGUAUAAUGAAGAUUAUGGAUCCUAUUCUUCAGGUUUAUACAGAAAGAGCAAGCUCACCAAUGCCUGUAGAUGCCAAUGAACUUGCUGUAAUUGAAGGACAAAUAUCAUGGAUUGUUCAUAUUAUUGCUGCUAUUCUCAAAGUCAGACAGAUUACUGGCUGCAGAACUGAAUCACAAGAGUUAAUAGAUGCAGAACUUGCGGCACGUGUUUUGCAACUAUCAAAUGUCACAGACAUUGGAGUUCACUCUCAGCGAUAUGGUGAAAUAAGCAAGCAAAGACUUGAUCGUGCCAUUCUCACCUUUCUCCAGAACUUCAGAAAAUCAUAUGUUGGUGAUCAUGCCAUGCAUUCAUCUAAGCAGUUAUACUUGAGGUUAUCAGAGCUUCUUGGGCUCCAUGAUCAUUUAGUACUGCUUAAUUUCAUCGUGGGAAAAAUUGCUAUGAACCUUAAGCACUACCCACAGUGUGAGGAUGUUAUUGAGCAUACAUUAUCCCUUUUUUUGGAGUUAGCAUCUGGUUACAUGACUGGGAAGCUCCUGCUUAAGUUGGAUUCGAUAAAGUUCAUAAUUGUAAAUCACACAAAGGAAAACUUUCGAUUUCUCGAAGAAUAUAGGUGUUUGCACAGUAGAACAACAUUUUACUAUACUCUUGGUUACUUAAUCUUUAUGGAAGACAGUCCAGUGAAAUUUAAGGCUUCUAUGGAGCCACUUUUGCAGGUUAUGAUUGGUUUGGAGUCGACUUCUGAUGCUGCAUUUCGUUCUGAUGCUGUAAAACAUGCAUUUAUUGGUUUGAUGAGGGAUCUAAGAGGAAUUGCAAUGGCAACAAAUAGUCGUAGGACAUAUGGGCUCCUUUUUGAUUGGUUGUAUCCCUCCCAUAUGCCACUUCUCUUAAAAGCCAUCUCACAUUGGUCUGAUGUGCCAGAGGUCACUACACCUCUGCUAAAAUUCAUGGCAGAAUUUGUUUUGAACAAAGCUCAACGUUUGAGCUUUGAUUCAUCAUCUCCUAAUGGGAUUCUUUUAUUUCGUGAAGUAAGCAAGUUAGUUGUGGCUUAUGGAUCAAGCAUUCUGUCUCGUCCAAUUAGUACAGACAUCUAUAAUAACAAAUACAAAGGAAUUUGGAUCUCUCUAAUCAUUCUUUCAAGGGCACUAUCUGGGAAUUAUGUAAAUUUUGGCGUUUUUGAGUUAUAUGGUGAUCGGGCACUCACGGAUGCCCUUGAUGUGUCUCUGAAGAUGAUAUUGUCAAUUCCUCUGGCUGAUAUAUUUGCAUAUCGAAAGCUUACAAAGGCUUAUUUUGCAUUCAUGGAGGUUUUGUUCAGCAACCAUAUUUCUUUCAUUUUGAAUCUUGGUACUAAUACCUUUCUGAAUAUUAUCGGCUCGCUUGAGGCUGGUUUAAAAGGACUGGAUACUGGUAUUUCUUCACAGCAGUGUGCAUCUUCUGUGGAUAACUUGGCAACAUUUUACUUCAACCACAUUACCAUUGGUGAAGUAUCUGCAUCACCUGCUUCAAUGAAUUUUACUCGGCACAUAGCUGAAUGCCCCAAUUUGUUCACUGAGAUACUCAGGACCUUGUUUGAGAUAGUCCUAUUUGAAGACUGUGGCAACCAAUGGAGUCUUAGCAGACCAAUGCUGAGCUUGAUUUUGAUAAAUGAGCAGAUGUUUACAAAUUUGAGAAUACAGAUGUUGGCAUCACAGCCUAUAGAUCAACAGCAACGUCUUUCACUGUGUUUUGAGAAGCUGAUGGCUGAUGUGACAAGGAGUUUGGAUUCGAAGAACAGGGACAAGUUCACCCAAAAUCUGACGAUUUUUAGACGUGAAUUCCGUGUCUAGUAGCUGAUAAUUUUUCAUAGACUUCUACUCUGAAGUAACCUUUCAACCAUUGUUGUGUAUAUGCCCCAUCAUUGAUUCUUUUGCAGUGAUGCUCUCCAGCAAGGGAAUGCAGCCAUGAGAAAAUAACAGUGGUGCCUACAGUUUCCAAAUUCUCUUUCUUUUUAUUUAGUGGGACUGCCCAUGAAUUUCUGAUAUCAAGGACAAUCAUUCCUGGAGAUAUUUGCUUUUAUAUCAGAGCUUUGUCCAUGUAAAUUCUGUGGUGCUGUGCUUGUGGUCCCUUUUAUACCAGGGAUGAUAAUGUGGGGAACUUUGAAGGGUUGGUUUGUACAGUAAAAUUUGACAGUUGCUGUAUAUGGAUAGUGGAUUUCCAUUUGUUGUUUUACCAAUAUUGUUGUUCCAAAUUAAUUUUUUUGUUUGA